AGGGUUUAGUUAACAUUUGUGAGUGAGAAAAGAGAGAGCAGCCGCCAGGCGUAACCCUAGCUUCCUCUUCCCCUUCAUUGAUCAUAUUUGAGCAGGAUGGAAUCUCAGGUGAAGCAUGCUGUUGUUGUCAAAGUUAUGGGUCGUACUGGGUCUAGAGGGCAGGUGACUCAGGUUAGAGUGAAGUUUCUGGAUGAUCAGAACCGUCAUAUCAUGAGGAAUGUGAAGGGACCAGUGAGAGAAGGGGACAUUCUCACCCUACUUGAGUCUGAAAGAGAAGCAAGAAGGUUGCGCUAGAGGAUCUCGGGAUGGUUUGUUUGGGUCAGGAUUAUUUGCUGUUUGAUUUUUUGGUAGUUAGAUGUUGCCAUAUUUAAUUGUCUUGGAUCUAUACUGGACUCGAUUUCGGACUUGCGUUUUGAUGUUAUUAGGAUGACUCAUUUUUGAGUAAAAU